AUGAUGGAAAAUGUCUCUGUCAUCACAAUGAUUACUCUCUCUGGUUUGAAUUUUCCGUUUUGGCAAAGAAUAAUCAUUUUUGUGCUUGUACUGCUGUGCUACCUGGUCAUACUGUUCAACAAUUUAAUUAUUAUCGUUUUAAUCAUUACAGACCGAAAGCUUCAUAAACCCAUGUAUGUUUUCCUAUGUAAUUUAUGCGUGAACGCCCUGUACGGUUCGGUGGCUUUCUACCCCAAAUUAUUAGCGGAUCUUUUGUCGUCUCAUGUCAUUUCGGUGGUCGGCUGCAUGCUGCAGGGUUACACCAUACAUACGUCAAUCGCUUGCGAUUUUUCCAUCUUGGCGCUGAUAGCUUACGACAGGUAUGUUGCUUUGUGUCGACCUUUGAUUUAUGAGUCUUUCAUGACGAAGCAGAAAGUGUCCCUCUUUAUCUUUGUCUCUUGGUUGCUGCCUACCUUUUGUAUGGUUAUGAACAGCAUGUCACUCAUGAGUAAAAAGCUAUGCCGCUCUCACAUCGACAGGCUCUACUGCGUUAACCUUAUGAUCUCUAAACUGACGUGCACCCCAGCCAAGGCCUACAGCAUCAUCUCGUUGGUCAACAUCAGUUUCUUUUUUGGCAUCUUUUGGUUAAUUGUUUAUUCUUACGUGCACCUGAUCAAAAUGUGCAUUCAUUCCCCACAGAUGUGGAAGAAAUUCAGGCAAACGUGCACGCCGCAUUUCAUCUGCCUGCUCAUUUAUACCAUCACCGAGCUGGUGGAUUUGUUCUACAUGAGACUGGGUUCGGGCGACUUGUCGGUACAUCUUCACAACUUAAUGACAAUGGAGUUUUUAAUCAUUCCUCCCAUUAUGAAUCCGCUUGUCUACGGGCUGCAGCUGACACACAUACGGAACAAGAUAUUUAGGUUUUUUCAUUCCAAAAAGAAGCUACAACAUUUUUAA